AUGACUCUAUCAACCAAUGCCACUGGGAUGUACAACCAAAGUGCCAAUGGGACAAGGGUUGCUGAAUGUGUCCCGAGGACCUUAUGCGAAUGGACAUCCAAUGACUGGAUGAAAAUAGCACAGUUCGAGGAAAAGCGUGCGCUGGCAGAAAAAGUUAUUUACAUCGUCAUCAUCAUCUUCACAAUUCUUGGCAAUACACUGGUUUUGGUUGCGACAUGGCGAGAGAGAGAUCUUCAUCAACCAAAUAAAUAUUUUAUCGCAUGCCUGGCUCUCGCCGAUCUUUUGGUUGGUGUGUUUGUGGUACCACUACGGUUGUAUAAACUGUACCUGACGAAUGAAACGCAAGCAUCCAUUUCCAUUCAUCUUCACCGUUUCAUGGUGUGGAUCGAUACUUCAGUGAUAACGGCAUCGAUUUAUACCCUGACGAUCAUCAGUUUUGAUCGUUACCUCAAAAUCAGCAAGCCACUGCUGUAUCGAUCAAGAAUCACAACUUCUGUAUCAUUAAAAAUCAUAUUUGUUAUUUGUAUUUUCUCUUCUUCACUUGCCACUUAUGUCACAGUUCCUCGUUCUGGGUCCGAUGCAACACAACUGUCGGCUAGCAUUCAGAAGCAAGUAAAAGAAACCCAGACCAUAUUAGCAAUAGUCUCGUUUUUCGUACCCACGAUAAUCAUGCUAAUUAUGUACGUUCUCAUCUUCACCGUGGCUCACAAACGACAAAAAAGACUGCGAAAUGGCGGACUGGGCGAAACGUUCAACGUACUGGAUCAGCGAACUGCCUUUCGCCAAGAUUUGAAAGUGAUUAGAAUGCUUUUUCUCGUCGUGGGUCUGUUUAUAAUUUGCUGGGGUCCGUUUUUUAUUUGGUGGUUGCUGUAUCUUUACUAUAGACGUUUUAUUGAUUACGAUAACACCUCGUUAAGCUAUUGGUUUCGUUUAAGAAAAAUCCAGACAGCAAUUGUUAUACUUCCUCUGUUUAACAGUCUGUGUAAUCCAAUGAUUUAUGCAUGGCUUGAUCAAACGUACAGAAAAGCCUUUAAACACCUGUUUCAUCAACUCGUCUGUCGCGAAAACCCAAGAGUACAGCAACAUGGCGACCCAAAUACAAUUCAGUUACAACUCCCGGGGAACAGAUGA